GAGGAGGCGAGUUUGAUUGUAAAUUGUACAAGAUAAUCAACUAAAUUGUAUUAAUCACAAUUGUAAGGUAGCGUCUCUGAUUGAUCAUCACGAGUUUAAUAUAAAUUGAUGAGAAAUGUUUUACUUUCAAAUCAUUUAGUGUUUUCAAAUUCAACCAUCAACAACCUUAAUUAGUGAAUUAUCUGUAAAUUGUUGCUGUACAAUUAACAACAAUUAUACUGAUAUUGUGAUACAUACACAUAUUCAUUUUGUUCAUGGUUAUUAUUACAUGAAAAUAAAUUACAAUUAUUAAUCAAGGUGUGUGUUUGAGUGAGUGUAGUUUUUGAUAUAAAAAUUUAAUGACAAUGGAAGUGAAAUUAAUACCUGGCUGGUCACUAAUUACAAUUUUAUUAUUAAAUAUCAUGAUAAUAAGUACCAAUGGAUUCAAUUUUAAACGUAGUAUUACCAGUAACCUUGGAUCAUCAUCAUCAUCAUUAAGAAAUCAAGGUAAAUCAUCAUCAUCAUCUGAUGGUCACUUUGGUAAAAGUGAUAAACAUGGUGAUGAAUCAAAUGAUGGGUCAAGUAGAUGGUCAACUAGUGGUAAACAAUUUAACAUGGACAGUAAUGAUGAUUCAUCUUCUUCAUCAUCACCUCAUCAUCUUCAUUCAGAUUCUGGUAAAAAUGGACGACAAGCAGCUAAAGGAGACCUUUUAUCCGAUCAAGAAUUUCAACAAGCUCGGGAUUGGAAAGGUUUUGUUGAUGAUUGGGAGAAAAAAGCAAAAGAUGAAUUAGCUGAUGCAAUUAAUGAAAAUAUGAAGAUUGAUACAUCAGGUAAAUCAGAUGAUGAUGAUGGUCCACCUAAGGGUCAGUAUGAUAGUGGUUAUCAUAGUAGAGAUCAUCAUGAUGACCAUCCCACCCACCACCGAGAGGCUGGUCAACGUCAUGGUAAAAAUGAUCAUCAAAAUCAUGAUGAAAACAACAAUCAUGAUCAUGAUAAACACAUUGAAUCAAUUAGGAUUGGUAAAGAUGAUUCUAAUUAUGGUAAUCAAGCAUCUAAUUGGGAUUGGGAUAAAGAGGCAAACGGAGCUUGGACCAAGAAAUCAGAUGAUGGUCAGAAACAUGAUUUCGGAAAAUUUGAAAAGUAUCACAAAAAGUUUGCUGACCAUGAACAUGCAAGCAAAGGAGAUGAAUUAGAUGAAGUGACCGGACAUAAUGAAGAUAAAUCUGAAGAUUCAAAGUAUGGUAAAAAAUUAGGAGGUUGGAAGAAAACUGCAAAAUCGGGUGACCAUCAUUUCCAAUCAGGACACAACAAGCACACCUCACAUAAUAAUAAAUUUGAUUCCAACGAUUCAUUCAAAGGUUGGGACAAUUAACUAAUCCAAUUCAAGUUGGACAACAAUUAGCCUGAUAUCAGAAUAGUAACAAUAAAUAAAUCAAACAGUUUGAUUAACAUGAAAAAGAAGAGGAAAAAAAAGUUCUGAUAACAAAGAAUAAGAUUAAUUCAGAAGCGUAAACCAUAACAAUUAACUUAUUACUAUUAAUAUAAAUGACGAUGAUGAUUGAUUGUAAUAAUUUACAGGCUGGUUCCUGAUUAUUUUAUCAGUUGAUUUAAUCAAUUUUUUUCUUGUAUUUUUUAAUUAUCAACCAAUGAUUUGUUAUUAUCCAUGAUAAUCAAGGUUUGCCAGUGAAUUUAUCUCAACAUGAACACCAAAAAAGGAUCAAUUAAAAUGUAACUUAAACAAUAACAAAUCGUUGGACGUUUAUCAUGUUAAUCGUAAUUAAAAGAUGAUUAACUGAUUAUCGGAUAAUCUGUUACCGGUCUCUCAUGAGAAAGUUGAAGCAAUUAAUUAACAGUUAAUUGUUUUUUUUUUCAAAAUAUAAAUUGUAAAUAUAAAGUUAAUAAAUUGCUUACUGAUUAUCAUCAUUUCAGUGAAAGUUUAAUUGUAA